AUGAUUUCGAACACCUCAAUUAUUGGCGCUUGUCUUUUGACAAUCGUGUUAGCAGCAUCUGUCCCCGAGCAGCAUACGGGACGUCAAAAUUAUAGAGUAAAAGGAGUGUUCCGAUGUGGAAGUGAGCCGGCGAAGAAUGUUCAAGUGAAGCUUAUUGAUGAUGACUUCGGAUCCGACCCAGAUGACGAUUUAGGGAAUGUUUACACCGACGUCGAUGGAGCUUUCGAAUUGAACGGAUCAACUACUGAGCUGACAACUAUUGACCCACAUCUCAAGAUUUACCACGAUUGCGAUGACGGAAUCAAUCCAUGCCAAAGACGCUGGAAGUUUGAGUUGCCAAACAGUUAUAUCUUCUCUAAUUCUGAAAACGCAAAGACUCUUGACAUCGGAAUUUGGAACUUGGAAGGCGUUUUGCCAGGAGAAAGCCGUGACUGCAAUCAUUAA